GGGUGUGGCACUAUUGCUUUUUCCAAGGUUCAAGUUUGGUUUGACUCACAGUAAGGACCAAACUUUCGAAAUUUCGGACAAUUUUGCACUCUCUCUGGGCUCAAACUCUGAUUUUUGAUGCGGCUGCGACACGCCUAGGGUAACCAGCGCGAUGCCGAAGGAAAAUUCGUCAAAGGUUUUCCGUCUCAAGUGGGACAACCACCUGCAGAACCUGAGUUGUUUGUUUGACGCGCUGCUGGAGGAGCAGAAGUUCGUGGAUGUCACUCUAUGCUGCGACGGUGGUAUGCUCAGGGCGCACAAGAUCAUUCUUUCCUCCUGCAGUCCGUUCUUUGACGUCCUGCUGAGGGAUCACCCCUGUAACAACCCUAUCAUCGUAAUGAAUGACGUGCCCCUGGCCGAGAUGAAGAAAGUUCUUGAGUACAUGUAUAAGGGCGAGCUGAACGUCGUCCAGGACGAGAUUGAGUCGUUUGUGGAAACGGCAACCAUGCUGGCCGUCCGAGGACUCUCCGAUAAGUUGCUUGGAAGAGACAAGCAAGACGAGAGCAAUCUCGAAGAGGAGGAGGUCUUCGAUCCUGAAGUGGAGGAGAUGGACGAUAAGGAUGACGACACCCCGCCUGGACUGGAACUCUUCCCCAAUGAUGACUUAAACGGACUGGAAAUCUUACCCAUACCUAACUCGUACGCCAGCUCAAGUUUGAGCACCGACUCCAAGGACUCGACUUCGAAUAAUUUGCUCGUCUCACUUUUGCAGGGAAACAAUGAUGUGACUCUUUCCAAGAAAUCCUCCAAUAAACCUUUGGCCAAUUCCAUGAUCGAGCAACUCAUGGUGGAUGUGAAACCUGAACCCUUUAGUUUGGACCCCACAGCUGAUCUCUUGGGAUUUCAAGGACUGCACCAUUUGGACAGCGCUUUUGAUGAAGACGAAGACCCGGCAAAUCUACCCAUGGACCAGGACGCAAAGCUGACACAGCCCCAGCAAGACUCAACCUCGGAAUUCCGCCCCUUUAAGUGUGAUUUCUGCCACCUGGCAUUCUUCAGGUCGGCUCACUUGAAGCGGCACCGCAGACUGCACACCGGCGAGAAACCUUACGAGUGUGAAUUGUGUGGCAAAAGUUUCGCCCGCCAAGACAAACUUAAGCAGCACGUGUUGCGGCACGGACCAACCGGCGCAGCCGUGCUGCAAAACAAAAUCGCUGCCAAACUCAAAGUACCUGCGGCCGGUCCAGUUCGACCGGUGAGGAGCAUUGCCCCACGGCCAACUUCAGACUCUUCAAUGUUUGUGGCCAGUUCGAGUUCAUCGUCGCAGCCGCAAGCGUCGACAGAAAGACUGCUGAGGUCAGUGCAGGACCUCGGUGAAUGUACAAUUCAGCCGUGUCCUCCACAGGCUCGGCAGUGAGUUUUAGUGCAAAGUGAAUAACCAAGGACAAAUAAAUUUGACGGACUUGUGAAAAGACUUGAAUUGCUAGUCUGCUAAACUCGAUUGAGUUUUUGUUUUUAAUUACAUAGACUCGUAUGUUUACUUCGUUAGGAUUUAUAAUGUUUAUCUACUGAGCUUUUAUAUUAUUUUGUUUGAUAAGUUUUUUUAGUGUCGUACGUAGCCGCAAUUUGCCAAUCUUGUACAAGGCAGAAUGGGAAGAGAUAGUGUUAUACUUGAGUGGAUGUAUUUCCUUGAGCAUGUAAGUAGCGUGUUGUCUCUUGUGGUAAAAAACUUUAUUUGGGCAUACUUGAAAAAUACUCAUGUUUGCUGUUUUGAUUGGAAGUAUGCCAUUGCUGCAUAGUAUGUUUAAUGUGUCAUAAAAAUCACUCAUAUCAGCUGGCUUUAAUUAUUUUUUGUAAAUAUUAACCUGGAAAAAUUGAAACAGAAAACAUUCAAAAUACUUAAUAUGUUCGAGGGAUGUUUCUCUUUUCAGUGUAUCCAACCAAAAAAAUGCAAUAGAAUCCUCAAGGUGUUGAAUAAAAUGUUGAAAUGCUAAAUGCACAGAAAUCAAUCAACUUAUUU